GACAGACAGACAGACAGACGGACAUGGCGAAACUAUAAGGGUUCCGUUUUAUGCCAUUUUGCUACGGAACCCUAAAAAGGAGUAAGUUAUCAAUUCGACUUCGUCAUUUUUGAACCGAUUUGGAAAAUUAAUUUUUGUUUAAUUUCCAGUUUGCAUUUACAGAUACAUAUUAUAGUAUUUUUUUAAUUUUCAUCGAUAAACUAAAAACCAAGCACUGCAAUGCAGAUGCAUUCAAACAGUGCCAUUAUUCCAGACCCAGAACUUGAAACUUACCCGAAGAGCGAUAAACUUUUUAGUGACAUGACUAUAAACUGAAAUAUAUGGAAGGUAGAGGUAAGGAACGCAAUCUCCAUAGGCAGAACUGAUACAAAAGUGUCCAGUUGUCAGCUAUAAAUAAUAGUUCCAAAUCUCUCCAGAGUAGCGCUAGAGUAGCUAAGAACCUAUAGGCGUUAUUGACGGAGUGAAGUGCGCUGUCUAUGAUUUGUUUUUUUUUUUCAAGUAUUCUAGGUAUUGUAGCGCUAUAUAUUUAAGGUUUUUUCACGGACACUUUUUGGUAUAUGGAGAUUCCAUUCCUUGCCUCCACCUUCCAUACUAAAAUAGAUGACAUACACUAAGAAAAAGUGACCAAGUCCACCGAUGGCAUUGACAUUGGUUGUCGUGGCAGUGACAUGACUGUUUGCUAGAACGUAGUGAUUAUAUGCUCUUUGACUGUUUGGUCAGACAGGAAUAAGUGCUAAAGAUCGCUGCGUCAAACUAAAAAUGGAAAUAGAAUCACUUAAAAAGGGCGGGUAACAGUUGUUUCGAGAUGCGACAUGCGCGCUCUAUGUUCGGUUCGCGGGCCGCUCGGCGGCGAGACGCGCGCGCUCGGCGCGGGCGCGCGGCUGCUGUCGCUACGCGUGCCCGGCCGGGCCCAGCCGCUGCACUUCGUCGUCGAAGCCAAGGCGAGGGUCAAGGAGCUCAAAGCCUUGGCCAGCACACAUGCUCAGCUACAAGGCAUGACCGACACCGACUACUUUGGAUUAGCAAUCUUACAAAAUGGAGAAUACUUGUUUGUUGACCAAGAAAGUAAAUUAUCAAAAUAUGCACCAAAGAGCUGGAGGUCAUCACACACACACGGUUUGGACGCAAAUGGGAAGCCACUGCUGGAAUUACAUCUUGUCAUUCAAUUCCACAUCGAGAGUCCACUUCUGCUGCAAGACGAGGUCGGAUUACAUUUGUACUUCUUACAGUUGCGGCAUAACGUCCGAACUAGAGAAGGAUUGCCCACGGAAGUACUUUUGUUACUCACCGGUUUGGCUUUGCAAGCAGAAUAUGGUGACGCGGACACCUACGAGGACCGAGACUACUUCAAAGUUGAGGAUUAUGCAACACCAUCCCUGACAGGUGACUGGGUCGCCGCAGCCAUGCGUGCGUGCCACCGCGAACACCGUGGACUUUCAAAGAAUGACGCUAAGAUUAGAUUCAUUCGAGAAGUCUGCUUGCUCCCCGACACCAUAAACUCGCACAGAUACAGAAUGAAGCAAACUAAAUCAGAACCCGAGCCGGGAACUGUUUGGCUCUUGGUGACAGCUAAAGGCAUACAAAUUUUGCCCGAUAAUGGAUCAGUCUAUAACUUCAUAUGGAGUUCUAUUGGAAAACUAAGCUUUGAUAGAAAAAAGUUUGAAAUAAAAACCGAAGAAGGUAAAAUAACCUUAUAUUCGUCUAGUGACGAAAAAUGCAAAUAUUUAUUCGCAUUGUGCAAAGAGUCUCAUCAGUUUUCUAUGAAAAUUGCGCCCAAAUUUAACGAAAUUCUUAAAAGAGAAGAAGAGGAACGAAAAGUUUGUUACGGCUAUUCAAAAUCGUUGAAUCUUCAUCACAAUCAGCAUAACAAAAGCGAACAAAGAAUAUCAGUAAUAUCAACAACAAGUUCAAAUACUACAUCAGGAAUUGUCAGUGACAGAGUGCAAUCUGAAGACGAAUUAGAGAUAAUGAUCGAUUCGCCUCCUGCUCCAUCAACAGAGAGUUUGGCAUUUGCCCAUUUAUUAGAUAGUUCAAACUCAUAUUUUCUACAAAACGACUCAAAGAACAGCCAUUUAUUACACAAAACAACGUCAUUACAGCUACGUAAAUCGAAGUUAAAUCAAUCUAAAAGUAUGGAUGAGAAUGAAUCAUCUAAAUUGGAUACUACUUCAGAAAUUGUGUUAAAUAAUCUAGGCGAGACUGUGUCGCUACCCGAUCACAGCAUAAGUGAGUCAAAAACCGAUAGCCCUGUCAACAAAUCUAAAUGCACGGGAUCGCAGUGUUCUUCAUCUUGCAGUACGGUAGUUAUGGCGCGAGCUGCCCUAAGUACAUUGAGUAGAGCAUCUAAUGCAAGCAGUUUAGAACUAGGCUUCAGCCAUACAGCACAAAAUUCAAUGAUGAGUGAUAACAGCACAGUUGGAAUAGAUGUGGAAUAUUCUCAAGAUACCGAGUCAGCGCUGUAUGAUGGCUUGGGUCAGCCUAUGACAAUAGCGGCCUCGAGCGAAACGAGUGGAGUUUACACAAUGGGUAGUUCAGAGCUAACUGCACGAUCAAAAAUUGGAAUUCAUUCAGAAGGUAGUAGAACCGAGUAUGAAAGUUCUCAUUAUGACAGCUACAAACCAUCAGAAGAAAACGAUCUUGCUGCCUUUGACAGUGUUUCGUCAAUAUUAAAAAACAAAGCGGAACCUAGUCGCUCUACAGGACCACUUAUUAGAUUACAGGCUUCUCUAUUAGAUGUUGAUUGUGUCGAUGGCGACACAAAGUUUACAAAUCAAAAGCAUGAUGACAAAGAAAAUAUUUUAUAUAGGGAACGAUCUAACUCUAAUGUCAGUGCCGUAUCUUUUCAUGGCGACGGCAGCGACCCUACAGACCAGAAACAUAAUUUACUUAGUGCUAGUGAAUUAAGUGACUUAAUAGUUGGACGUGGCGUAUAUCCUAAAAGUCAAUCCGUCAGUGAUACGUUAGACUCGGUAUCAGAUUAUGUAAGGUUACCUCUGCCGUUUUCUGGUGACAGUUACAUCCAAGGACACGAAGAUACUGCUCCAUCCGAUGAUAACUAUCCAAACGGUUCAUUUUUCGAUCGACCACCAACUCCGCCAACUAGAACUGAUAGCAGAAAAGUUUUUAAUUUAUCUCUCCCGAAUAUAUUAGACAUAGAUCGGGAUCAAGUGAUGUCAUCCAUAGCUGAGAAACCUCCACCACCACCAUACGACUAUAAUCACAAAACUGUUCCUGCGCACACAUCUAUAAACACAAAAGCUCCUCCUUCUUACCCCGGUUCUAUUAGUCAUGGGUCUUUUAAAAAUUCAGCAGAAAAAGAAGAAGUAGCCGCUAGAGUCGUAACAUCUAAGCCUAUGAUAACGAUACUAAAAGCGGAAGCAGGUGAUGUAAAUACACCAAGCGAAAGAACCUUCGCUAGUCCUAUGGUGAUGGAACACAGAUUUCAGAAAUCAAAACGGCAUCAAGCUUCUAGCCGUAGAGCCGGGCGGUCCAAGUUAGCUCAAGGGAUUAGCAGUCUAUCCCCAUCAAGAGAAAUGCCCUCUCAUGUAGUAGACGCUAAUGUUCUGGUGGCAAUGAUGAAACUGCCGCCGCCGCCCCCUCCCCGCCGCACCCGACUGCCUCCGCCACCGCCUAUAGCCCGCCUGCCUCCUCCGCCUCCACCACAUAAUCCUAUGUUUCAUCAACAGCUUUAUAGCGACGUGGACUACGUUUACUAUCCUUUACAAGACCCAACGAUAUCACAACAAAACUACCUCGAUCACAAAUUUUCUGAACCUCGUGUUUCAAAUAUGCAUAAGAGCGGUCUACAAUAUAGAAGUACGCCGUUUUUAUCGACGAACAUGUCGACGUCAUCAAUGUACGGAUCCAUACAGAAUCUAUCAGACUCUUAUAUUCAAUUGCCUGGAAACCGUUCAAGUUGGUAUUCUUUAACAUCCAAAACAUCACUCAGUAAUUACUCAGUUAACCUGGAACGUCCACAGAUACCAAUCCGAACACCAGAGGUAUCCAACUUCCCGCGAACCAAGUCGGACGACAACCUGUUAAACCCGAGGGAUCCGCCGCCCAUUCGCUCGAGGCGUAUGCCACCGCCGCCUCCGCCGCCCUAUGAACAUAAAAAGAAGCUCUCGGCGCCGCUUAGGGAAGUCAACAUUUCUAACAGCGGCGCAAAUGUGAUGAGUGAACUUAGUAAAGUAAGAGACGCUAAUGGUGAUCUAGACAUAAAAACUCUUCGUGAAAAAAGUAAAAAUUUAGACCUGCCACUGAUCGCGGCAUUAUGUAAUGACCGGUCGUUAUUAAAGCAAACAAAAGCAUUUGGUGUUCCUAAGUUGCAUAAACAAACAGUUAGUGAAAGUGAACGAAAGUGUACGAAGUCUGUCCUAAACACCACCGAUAAUCUAGAACUUAAGAAUAACCACAAACAGGAAGGUAACGCAAGAAUGUCAAUGACAGGGUCACAAAAGAAAAUUUUGAUAAGAAAGCCGACAGACAAACUUCCCGCAUUACCCAGUUCAGACACUCACACCCCUAGAGCGUUGUCUAAUACUUACGUAAUGCAUCCAAGUGUAAAAGUAAAGAAAAUCCAACCCAGCUCAUGACACCCUGUACCGACUUGACAUCGUAAUUUAGCCUUUACUAUUUGUGAAUACUUCCAGUGCUAUGAUAUGAGCUUUCUCCACCGACUUUACGCAAUAAGACUGAGUAAAAAGUCCUUAUAGACCUAUAAGUGAUAUCACAAUUUUUCACAUUCCUUAAAAUAGGUGUUAUAUUACUUAUUAUAGUUAUAUAUUUCUGUUGCUAACAGGAACAUUCGAAUUUUCAAGAAUGUCGGUAAAUAGAGUAAUAGUGCACAUAAGAUACCUACAUGUUAACACAUUGAGUGCCGAAAACCCGACUAAGUAUCGGAUAUUUUAUGAUUUUGUUCCCAGGCCGGGCGACUAUCAGAGUCGAGAUCGUUGUUUGUACUGCAGUUUUAUACAAUUACAUUUUUAUGGCCUGGCUCGGAUGUCUUUGUUUGGCUGUGGGUGGCAAUGAAUGCGUUAAUAUGCAACAUUCAAGUUAAAAAUAAAAGAAAACUCAUUAAAUUUGUGCCAUAAACAAGCAAUCAGGCUUAUCGGUAAUGUGUUAGUACAUUUAAUGAACGAGAUAGUCUAUAAACAAUUGUUUCCCUAUUGCUGUCUGGCUGUUUUACCACGUACCUAAAUGUAGUUGAGCGAAAAUGAUACAGUUUAUUAAAUGUAAAUUUUUAAGAUUAAAACUAUUUGUGAGAGUCAGAAUGGCGGGUGUACAGUCAGCGUCAAAUACUUCGUAGCAGUCAAAGUGGCCAAAUAGUUCGGUACACCAUACUAAAUAUAUGGUGUACCGAACUAUUUGGCUACUUUGACUGCUACGAAGUAUUUGACGCUGACUAUACCUAAAUAAACAGCUUAUACAAGAACGAAAUAGACUUCAUCAUGACUAAUAACGCCAAAAUGUUCCAGGAUGUGUCAAUCAUACACCAUUUAAACUUUAAUUCGGACCACAAAAUGGUUCGCGCUAAACUAAGCGGCAUAAAUAUAAAGAGGAACAGGAUGAAGCACAAGGAUACUUCUUCGCUUACUUGCACUCACAAUAAGGACCAACUCAUAAGAUAUUUACAAGAGUCAAUAGGAAAAGAUAAGCAAGACAACAUAGCAACCCAGGCAAAAUAUGACAAAUUUAUAAAUAUUUUACAAUCAGAAACUAAAAAAGUAAAUUCAAUAAGUAAAAGCGUAGUUUCCACGGAGACACAACAGCUGCUACAAGAGAGAAAAAAACUACUACAAAGCAAGGAAAGUAAAGCUGACCGCCUCAAAAUAGCAGACAUUAGCAAAAAAAUUAAUGAACACAUAAGAAAAGACAAAAAACUAAAAAGACAAGAUACAUUAAAAAAACAUAUUGAAAAAACCGGGGGAACAAAAAAGGCUAUGAAAGAAUUGAACUGUAAAAAGGAUUGGAUGCUAAAAGCAAAAACAAAUCACGGAACCUAUACAAGCAAUAGAGAAGAAAUGCUUAAAAUAGCUACUGAUUACUAUAGAGACCUAUACCAAAGUAACCACUCAAAAAUAACGACAAUUGGAAGUGACAUAACAGACCCCGAGCCCAUACCAAAAAUAUUGAAGGAGGAAAUCAUAAGAGCAAUCAAUACACAAAGAAGAGACAAGACCCCUGGAACAGACCAAAUAACAAAUGAACUACUAAAAGCUACUAUACCGGCUAUUACCCCUGCACUGACGGAUAUAUUUAACGAAAUUGUAGAAACCGAAAAUAUUCCUACAGAUUGGACCAAAUCAACUAUAAUUCUGUUACACAAAAAAGGAGAUAAAGGAGAAAUUGGCAACUAUCGACCGAUCAGUUUGUUAUCGAAUAUAUACAAGGUCUUUUCAAAAGUAAUACUUUCCAGAAUCACAUCGACACUCGACGAAAAUCAACCGAAAGAACAAGCGGGGUUCCGUAGCAAAUAUUCAACCGUCGACCACAUCCAUGUUUUAAAACAAGUUCUACAAAAGUACAGGGAAUACAAUAAAACCUACUAU